ACCGCGUGUUGAUGGUCAAGGAUCAAUCGGAUCAAAAGAGCACUCUUAAUUCAUGUUAUCAAAUUUAUAUCAUAAAUAUUGGAACUGAGUAUGAUGCUUACGUAAUGCUGCGUCAAUUUUAAAGUGAAAUGUUUUCAGACAUAUUUCGAAGUCGUAUUAUUGAAACCACUAUUGGUAUCGGUACAGUCGUUUUCGUUUCAGUGUUGACAUUUCAGUUUUUAAAAAAGCCAAGAAAGAUUUCAAGAAUUAUCGACACGAUGGAAGCAUUGAAAAAGAGCAAUGUACAUAUAAAAAACCGAGACCAUGUUGAAGAAGUAGUAUCACAGUUUAUUAAAGAUGGACCUUCAAAACUUCAAGUUAUUUCAGACUUUGACCAUACUUUGACUCGAAUUCAUUUGAAUGGGAAACAAUGUACUACAACUUAUGGCAUUUUAGAUCAAGGACCAUUCUGUACAGAUGAGUUCAAAGAGAAGUCUAAAUCUUUAUUUAACCAUUAUCAUCCCAUUGAAGUUGAUCCAAAUCUUUCCAGAGCUGAGAAAGUACCAUAUAUGUUAGAAUGGUACACAAAAAGUGUUCUUUUGAUGCCAACAUCAGGCAUUUCUAAAAGUUCUGUUCCAGAAAUGGUUGAAACUUCAAAUGUAUGUCUAAGAGAUGGAUGUGAUGCUGUGUUUGAAUUGCUACAUAAGAAAAAUGUGCCUUUGUUGAUAUUCUCUGCUGGGGUGGGUGAUAUGUUAAAGCAAGUUCUGCAAAAGAAAAAUUUAUUGUUGCCAAAUAUAAAAAUUAUUGCUAAUUUUCUACGAUUUGAUGAAAAGGACAAGUUACUUGGAUUUAAAGAUGAGUUAAUCCAUACCUUUAAUAAAAACAAAGGUUCUAUAAAAAAUAGCGAUUAUUUUGAAACAUUGAAGACUAGAAAUAAUGUCAUACUUUUGGGAGAUUCGUUAGGAGACCUAGACAUGGCUGCUGGUGUUCAGAAUUUGAAUUCAAUAUUGAAAAUUGGUUUCCUCAAUUAUAAGAUAGAAGAGUCUCUGCAGGAAUAUAUGGACAAUUUUGAUAUUGUUUUGACAGAUGAUCAGACGAUGGAUGUAGCUUUUGUACUAUUGCAAAGCAUAUUAUAGUAUAUCUGCUUUUAAAAACUAUUUCAUUCAGGUCAUAAAAGACUAAGGCGUCUGAAUAUUCAAAGGGGCAGCAUAUCUGAAAGCUGUUUUUAACUGUGAAUACUGUAUUAAGUUUUUCUUUGUUGCAUUUCCUUUAUAUAUUUUUAUUUUUGGGUUCUUCUUCUUAUACAUUUUCUGAUUAUUAGAAAUAGAUUAAUAGGUAAUUGUUCAGGAAAAUGUUAUAAUUUUCCUUGCUAGUUAAUUUUUUCAAAUAAAAAUUAUAAUUUCAACUUUUUGUUUUAAAUGAGAAUUAUUCAGCUAUUACGCAACAUUUAGAUAUAAAAGAAAGGAAUAUUCUGUAGGAAAAAGUUUCACAUUUUGGUGAUUUAUUCAUACGUGUAAUAAAGUUCUGUUGCGUUUAAUUUUUAUUAUUAUUAGUAUUUUUUUCUGUUAAAGUAGUUUUAGAAUGUAUUAUUGUUUAUAACUACAGUAGAACUCCAAUUAUCCAAGUAAAUUGGUAACAGGCCCCAUUUAACUAAUAAAAAAAUCAGAUUUUUUUUUAAUGGUUUAUUUCAAUUACUGUGUAUGUAUGUUAAAGAUAGGAGGAAGAAAACAAAUUUUGGAGAAAAGGGGGCUUUUAAUUAAUUAAAUGAAAGGUCUGACCAUUUAAGGGCUGACCGCAGACAUAAUAGAACUGCACUAUGAUCAGGUAAUGUUCGCAAUGUACCAACGCUAGCUUCAAGGGCGCCCAUAUAGGGGGGCAAGAGGGGGACUCGAGCCCCCCCCCCCCUUUGAAAUUAGAACUUUCUUGCUUUUGGUACUUUUUUCUCAGCAAAAAUGUAAAAACACUUAUUCUCCAGCCAUUAAUGAAUAAGUUAUUAAAAGUGAAAUAAUUUAAUGACUCUGAUCUGUCCUGAAAUCGGUUUCCAUGGACAAAAUACCCUCCUAAUCCAUGGGGAAAAUAUCUGAGCCCCCCCCCCCCCCUUUACAAUUUUGCCUGUGGGCGCCCUUGGCUUGCUUUGCAGAGGAAAGAGCAAUAACGCACAUUGAUUUUUUUUUUACCAUUUUAGUAUGCUUUCAUCCUAAUUUUUUUCUGAAAUUCCAAAAGUGAAUUAGAUAGUCAAGAGUUCACUGUAUAUACCAGGGGUGAUCGUGGUCCGAUAUUUUACUGAAUUCUGGUAUUUUCGGACGUAUUUCCGGUAUUUUCAUGUCUGAAAAUACCGGAAUUAUGUUCUUUUUUCGUUAUGCUUUUAUCUCCCUGCCUCCACAAUUUAUUUUAAAUUAUAUAAUACUCAUCAAAUAUACCUGCAAGAGCCUUAAAAUGGACAAAUGUCAAAAUACAGUCGGACCUCCAUAUAUCGAAGUAGCAAAUUGCAAGAAAAAAAAUUUGAUAUAUAGAAAUUUCGAUGUAUAGAAACGAUCUUAUUUUAUCAUAAAAAUCUCCUAAAACAUUAAAAUUACAGCUAAUUCUCCUGCAUGAAACUCAAUUUCUAUUUUAUAUGAGCAUCGGAUUAAAUGAAGGUUAAUAAUUAAAAAAUCAAGAGAAAUUAUAUUUUUGUGCCUUAUAACACAUUCACUCUUUGGCAAUUCUGCUUGAUCCGCAACAUUAAGGGAUUUUCGUUUCGACAAUACAAUCGAGAGAAAAGUAAAAAAUCAAUUUACUUAACUUGAAUGAUUUUUACUGAAGCUAAAAAGACUAGGAAUGAUAAUUGAGAGACAAAAGGGAUAGAUUGAAACUGAUUUUACAGUGUCACUUGUUACAUCUAAGAUUUAAAAAAAAACUUGAGGGAACUGAAGAACUCCAGAACGAAACAACGACCUAUCUAUACACCCCUCAACCAAGAUUCAUUAUGAAUUUCGUAGCAACCUUUAGUGGACAUAGUUUUCUCCCCUAACUUUCAUUUUUCAUGAGAAAAACAGUCUAAAGUGGAAAAAAAAUCUACGAAUGUCUCAAAAAAAAAAUCGAUAUAUGGAGAUUUUUUCGAUAUAUAUUUCUAUGUAAUGAACCUAGAAAUUUGCUGGGAUUUCGAUGUAUAGAAAAUUUCGAUAUGUGGAAGUUCGAUAUAUGGAGGUUCGACUGUAAUUUAUAACACCAGCUCAAAAGUAACUUUGUAAUCCAUUAAAAAUUUAAUUGAAUGUGCACGUAAUAUUUUGACUCAGAACUAUUUAAAACUAUGGCAAAGGUGCACUUAAUUUAUAGGGGCGCCAAAGAUUAACCCCCGCCCUCCGUUCUCGCUUUGAAACUUUCAGGUAUUUUUUGAUGAACUCACAAUCACCCCUGAUAUACACUAGGCAGGAAAAGUUUCUUCAUUUAUCACUUUUGCCUGCUUUACUGUUUAUUUAUCACAGUACACAAAAAAGUAACUGUUGAAUAAUGAUUUUACUUUUAUAACUCUUCAUCAGUUAAAUAAAAUACACGGAUCAACAAAAAUUGACCUUUUAUUUUUUUACUUUGAAGUAAUUCUAAUAUUUUGGUCAAAUACUCUUAGGGUGCCUAAAAAUAAUGUCAAAAAUUCCAAGUUUUUUUUUUUUUUUGAAAUUGAGAAUACAUAUUUAUGAAUUAUUGCAAUGUCAGUUCUGGAGGUUAUACAUUAAAAUUUUUAAUUUAUGUGCAGUGUAUUGAUGUACAUUUUACUUAGCUGAACAUAUUAAGUGUACGAAACAAGUACAUUAGUACCUACUUUUUUUUUCUUCAGAUUUUCGCUUAGGAAGUUUUCUCUUGAUAAACUAAAAGUAGUUGUCAAUCUUUGUUUCUCAAAAGAAAUGGAAUUACUUGGUGCAAGGUAUCGUAAGUUUAUUUUACCUAAGUUGGAUCCAAAGGGUUUCCAUGGGGGGUCAUAAUUCGCUCUCCCAUAAUCGACCAAAUAUAGCCUAA